GGAGGAAGAGGAGGAAAGGGUUGGUGCUGCGGGGAGGAGCCAGCUCUCCAACUCUCUUAACUUUAUCUCUCCGGAUUCCCUAUUCCCCCCCUCCCCCUGUCCCGGGAAGCAAAAAUAAAAGGGACACCACCACCCACGCACACCCCCGCCAGGCAGAACCAGGGACAUGGCCAAAUCUUACGACCACCUCUUCAAACUCCUGCUGAUCGGGGACAGUGGCGUGGGCAAGACUUGCCUGAUCAUCCGCUUCGCCGAGGAUAACUUCAGCGGCACGUACAUCAGCACCAUCGGGAUCGAUUUCAAAAUCCGGACGGUGGAGAUAGAGGGCAAGAGGAUCAAACUGCAGGUUUGGGACACGGCUGGACAGGAACGCUUCAAAACCAUCACCACCGCGUACUACAGGGGAGCCAUGGGGAUUAUCCUCGUCUACGACAUCACUGACGACAGGUCCUUCGAGAACAUCCAGAACUGGAUGAAGAGCAUCAAGGAGAACGCUUCAGCCGGCGUCGAGCGCCUUUUGCUGGGGAACAAGUGUGACAUGGAAACCAAGCGCAAAGUGCCCCGGGAUCGAGCGGAAAAGUUGUCCAAGGAGCACGGGAUCCGGUUCUUCGAGACGAGUGCCAAAUCCAGCUUGAACGUGGAAGAGGCCUUCAACACUCUGGCCCGGGACAUCCUUCUGAAAACGAGCAAGAAAUCGGGUCAAAGCAACAAGGGGUCCUUGGACCUGAAAGGAUCACAGAAGAGCAGAAGCAAGUGUUCCUUGGUGUAGCAGCCAGCCGCUCAGAAGCUGCUGUUUGCUAUUCUACGGCAUGUGGAGCCUCGGCACUGGGCACCAGUGUGCCAAUUCCUCUCUUCCAUUCCAAACGCCUCCAGGUUCUUCCCCGGACAGUGCGGGAGGCUAAUUUUUGCUUAAUAAAACCUCAGAGCUUGCAAGCCAGUUUAGGGCUGGCUCCCAGAGACUGGCAGCAGGUGAGGCUCAGAGGCUGGGACUCCCUCCCCCCAACAUUCCCUCCUGCUUCCUCAAUAUGCCUACAAAUGAGGGGCUCCUUCCUCAAUAUGCCUGCGAAUGAAUAUUGAGGGGCUGCUUCCUCAAUAUGCCUGCGAAUGAAUAUUGAGGGGAUUAUGCCAACUAGGAUGGAGAUCGGUCUUAAAAGUGGGGAAAUCAGCCGGGGAGAAUCAGCCACCAUCGGGCCAGAAUAUAGUGGGCUGCAAGCGAACCCCCAGAAUUUCAGGGACAUCACAGGAUGGUGCUCGCUGGUCCCUGAGCCAGCCUGCUUAUCUGCUUCUUAGCAGGGUGCCUUCACACAACAAUGCUGUUGGGAGAAUCUGUUCAUACUACACUGAGACUGUGUACUGUACGGUUCAUAGGAAAGACUUUGACCCACUUCAAGAUCCUUUUGGGGGAGAAGACCAAACUGCCUCCACCCUAGAAGGUCUCUCCAAUAUGCCUACGUGGGAUCGUCAAACAUGUACGUCAGAAUCCUCAAAUAAUAUAACCACAGAUGCGUCU